AUGGACUCUGAAGCCAGUGAGACAAUGGAGGUGGCGGCUCUGGGUCGACCUUUCAGCCUCGGGAUGUUGUAUGACUGCCGAAAAGACCUACUUGUCCCUGGAUUGACACUGUGGGACCACGAUGACCUGAUAAAAAAUAUCCGAGAACAACCACAGAACUACAAUGACUUUAAAAUAGUUGCUUCUGAAUCAAUUGAGGAUAAAUCCUCGGCACUGGAAGUUGAAGCGUCACUGAAGGCAAGUUUCUUGAGCGGGCUUGUUCAGGUCGAAGGGUCAGCCAAAUACCUGAACAACAGUAAGACUUCCAAAACCCAAGCCAGAGUCACACUGAAGUACAAAGCAACUACAAAGGUCCAGGAACUGUCCAUGGAUCAUCUUGGAAGAGGAAAUGUAAAGCACCCGUAUGUUUUUGAGAAAGGAUUAGCGACACACGUAGUCACAGGUAUCCUUUAUGGGGCCCAAGCCUUCUUUGUCUUUGACCGAGAAGUGUCUCAAGAUGAAGAUCAUGAAGAUGUUCAAGUAAACUUGACAUCAGCAAUCAAGAACAUUCCCUCUCUAGCUGUAGGGGCCAGAAUUUCACUGAAAGUGGAAGAAAUGGAUAAGGUAAAUGUUGAGAAAUUUUCCUGCAGUUUCUUUGGAGACUUUUCCCUUCAGAAAAUGCCCACAUCCUUUGAGGAUGCCAUACAGGUCUACCAAAGUCUGCCUUCUCUGCUGGGAGCCAAUGGAGAGAACGCAGUACCAAUGAAAGUGUGGCUGCUGCCACUGACAACUUUAGAUUCUUCUGCUGCUAAACGUGUGCAUCAGCUAAGUAUUAGUUUAGUCCAGAAAUCACAGAAUGUCCUGGAGGACUUCAUUGAGCUGGAAAUGAGGUGUAAUGAUGCUCUGAGAACCACCACAGCACAGCAGUUCCCACAGAUUGAAAAAAAGAUUAAAAAAUUUAAAGGGGUGUGUUCUGAGUUCAAACUGGAGUUCCAACAAGCACUGGCAAAGAAAAUUCCAUCAAUCCGAGGAGGAGGAGAAGAGGAGGCUGGGCUCGCAGAGAUCCUGAGGCAUAUUUAUUCUUCUCCUUUUAACAGUGAAAAGCUGAACGAGUGGAUGGAUAGCAAAGAGAGAGAAAUCGACACAUUAAUGUCUUUAACAGACAUGAUGAAGAACACCAAGGCUGUACCUUCUCAGAAUCAUCUCUACAGAGAAAGUCUGAGAACAAAACAUGUGGUCUGUUUUGUCUUCACCUCACUGGGAGUCUUUGAUCAGUUUCUCUCAGUUUUAUCAAGCUGCCUACAUCAAACACCAGAAUCAGACAUGCCUCUAGAUCCACUUACUCAUCUUGUGGAGAAUGAACAGUGGUACUCUUCAAAAGAAGUGUCAGAUUCAAUGAGGAAAAAGGCAAAGCUCUUCGGUGACUUUGCAGAGGCCAACCAGGAGAACGAGAGCGUGAAGUUCCUGACAGUCGGAAUAACAAAUCAGACACAGAAAGGUUCAUGUAUCUACGUCUAUAAAGACGGCUUUCCUGUCACUGAGGACUUUGAGCCGCCGUCAAAGCCUGAAACAUUCACAGAUAGUGAUGUGAACUACAACAGUGUGACACUGAAGUUUGAUCCACCAGAGUUUGGAUCAGAGAACAUCACCUCCUACUCUGUUGAGUACUGUGUCAGUGGAGAGGAAGGAUGGAAACAACAGACAGCAGAGAAAUCUGGAGAAAUCACAGUGGCUGAUCUGAGUCCAAACACAGAGUACAUGUUCAGGUGCAGAGCAGUGACCGAUGUGGGUGUUGGACCAGCCAAUCAAAUCAGCAGUCCCAUUAAAACCUUACCAUGCAGCCCUCCAGGAAAACCACAAGCUGAAUUACACUCAAGUGAGAUAACAGUCAGCUGGGAGAAACCUGCUGAGAUUGGACAAGAUGUCCACAUUUUAAGCUACAUCGUGGAGUAUGCCAAAACAGACACAGAGAAAACAGACACAGAGGAGGAUCUCCAGUGGAACCAAGUGAUGACGGGAGCAGAGGAGGUGGACAUCUCAGGGCUUCAGCCAGAGACAGAAUAUGCCGUCAGGGUCAGAGUUGAUUGCGGCGUAGCUGGUAGAAGCAAGGAGAGCAUCACUGUGAAUGUGUCCACAACUAAAAUCAAUCCUCUCACUAAAUUUCUAUUGGCAACUACUGAGAGAUACCACCAAUAG